AUGUCUUCCAGCCCUCCUUCUACGACCGGAGGCGACUCAAAAUCCAACACCGAUCAAAUCCACUUCAAAUUUUGUCGUGAAUGCUCGAAUUUACUUUAUCCCAAAGAAGACCGCGUGAAUAAUCGACUUCUCUUCACCUGCCGGACCUGCCAUGUCGCCGAACCGGCGACCUCCCCUUGCGUUUACCAGAACAUCCUGAACCACCAGGUUGGCGAUACAGCCGGAGUGACACAAGAUGUCGGAUCAGAUCCUACGGUUGGUUACCCAGAGUUUUGUCUGCAUUGCGGGGAGGAGCUUGCUUGUUCCCAGUGUGGAGUGUUUUCGUCGGGCAGUUGUGCCGGCGACAGUCUAUAUUAUGAAGAAACGGGGGAGGACGGCUUCUGUCAAAUGACUUGA